GGGGGAGUGGGGCUGGGGUGGUGGCAGAGGAGUCAGCGAAAGGAAAAGAGUCCGUUGGUGAAACCCCACCCCUGCGUGAGUGAGUAGCACUGAGGUAAUGCAGCCCAGCCCUGGCUCCACGCACUGAUAUAAGGCAGCCACCGACACAGGUGCACUCAGGAGUGAGCAGAUCCUCUGGAGCCUACACAGACAGCGACAGGGGCCUGCAGGUGCUGCCAGCUAAGGAGUCCCGCUCCCUUUCUGCUGUUGCCUUGAAAGCAUCUAGAGCGUGGCAACAUGUCGAUGGGGCUGGAGAUCAGUGGGGUGGCCCUGUCGGUGUUGGGCUGGGUGGGCACCAUCGUGUGCUGUGCAAUGCCCAUGUGGAGGGUGACGGGCUUCGUCGGGGACAACAUCGUGACAGCCCAGCUCAUCUGGGAGGGGCUGUGGAUGAACUGCGUGGUGCAGAGCACGGGCCAGAUGCAGUUCAAGGUCUACGACUCCGUGCUGGCGCUGCCCCAGGACCUGCAGGCGGCUCGUGCCCUGGUGGUGAUCUCCAUCAUGCUGGCCGUGCUGGGCCUCAUGGUUGCCCUCAUCGGCGCGCAGUGCACCAGGUGCGUGGAAGAUGAGGCAACCAAGGCCAAGAUCACCAUCGUGUCUGGGGUGAUCUUCUUGCUGGCUGGGAUCAUGACCCUCAUCCCCGUGUGCUGGUCGGCCAACAUCAUCAUCCGCGAUUUCUACAAUCCUGUGGUGAUAGAGUCACAGAAGCGGGACCUGGGAGCCUCCCUCUACGUGGGCUGGGCAGCUGCAGUACUGCAGCUGUUUGGGGGGGCUCUGCUCUGCUGCUCCUGCCCCCCCAAGGAUGAGAAGUACGCUCCAGCCAAGGUGGCUUACUCCGUUUCCAGAUCCACCGGGCCCAGCUACGACAAGAGGAACUACGUGUGAGGGAGGCAGCCCAGCACCCCUCCCACCUGCCCUGAUCCAUUCAUCAGACUGCUUCUGACUGUCACUGCCCCCCCCCCCCCCGCUGCUCUCUGUAGCCCUUAGGACCCCAGGGGAACAUGGCUAACCCUUGCUGCCCCAAGGACGACUGUUGGCUGGCUGCUCACCAGACUUUGACUGUCAUUCCAAUUGCUGGGUGGAGGAGGAACUGCUCCGUCUCCCUCAGGGCUGCUGGCGAGGGGAAGCAAGACCCUGGCUAAGACUCUCGUUUCUGUUUGUAGAUACUUUGUCUUUGAUCUAUUGCACCCUGGCUCUGAGGCACCCUCAUCCCCGCCGGCUGGAGAAACCCCACCGGGCUCCGUUCCUCCUUCAAACCCAAUGGAUUCCUCCCGCUGGUUCAGCUGGCGUCCUGGCGAAUUCUCUGGCUGGGAGGGUGGGGGGCGGAUGGGUAACUAAGAGUGAAGAGGUAUUUGUACUGAACGUGCCAGCAGCCUCUCCCAGCUGGCACUGGCUGUGCCCUGGGUGUUGGGACCCCUCCUUUUCCCUACCUCCCAGGAGUUUUCUCUGAGGCACUGCUGGGA